CCGCCGCUGCCGGGCGCGAUGACCACCCCGGCCCUGCUGCCUCUCUCCGGGCGCCGCAUCCCGCCGCGCAGCGUGGGCCCGUCCGCCGCCUCCUUCCCCCACCACCGGGCUACCUUGAGACUCUCGGAAAAGUUCAUCCUGCUGCUGAUUCUCAGUGCCUUCAUCACGCUGUGUUUCGGGGCUUUCUUCUUCCUGCCGGACUCGUCGAAGCACAAACGCUUCGACCUGGGCUUGGAGGACGUCUUGAUCCCUCACGUGGACGCCGGCGACGGCGGGAAGAACGCAGGCAGCUACUUGAUCCAUGGGCAAGGCCGAGACCCACGCCGGCACAGGGAAGAAGAGGAACUCUUGAGAAACAAAAUUCGCGCAGACCAUGAAAAAGCUCUAGAGGAAGCAAAAGAGAAAUUGAAGAAGUCACGGGAUGAGAUCCAAGCAGAAAUUCAGACUGAGAAGAACAAGAUUGUAAAGGGUUUGAAAAACAAAAGCAGCAAGCCUCUGCCACCAGUUCCGGUGCCAAAUCUUGUAGGGAUAAACAAUGGAGAUCCGGUGGAUCCAGACAUCCGGGAAAAAAGAGACAAAAUUAAAGAGAUGAUGAAACAUGCUUGGGAUAAUUACCGGCAGUAUGGAUGGGGACAUAAUGAACUGAAACCCAUUGCCAGAAAAGGACAUUCCACCAACAUAUUUGGAAAUUCACAAUUAGGUGCUACUAUAGUAGAUGCCCUGGAUACCCUCUACAUUAUGGGACUUCAUGAUGAAUUCAGAGAAGGGCAAGAGUGGAUUGACAAUCACCUUGAUUUCAGUGUGAAUUCAGAGGUAUCUGUCUUUGAAGUCAACAUCCGUUUCAUUGGUGGCUUGCUUGCAGCCUAUUACCUGUCAGGACAGGAGGUAUUCAAAACAAAAGCAGUGCAGUUAGCAGGAAAACUGCUUCCAGCCUUCAACACGCCCACAGGGAUUCCUUGGGCAAUGGUGAAUCUGAAAAGUGGGGUCGGUCGCAAUUGGGGCUGGGCUUCUGCUGGCAGCAGCAUCCUGUCAGAGUUUGGUACACUUCACAUGGAAUUUGUACACCUGAGCUACCUAACUGGCAACCCGGUCUACUAUGAAAAGGUCAUGCAUAUUCGUAAACUACUUCAAAAAAUGGACCGCCCCAAUGGGCUUUAUCCAAACUACUUGAAUCCAAGGACUGGCCGUUGGGGGCAGCAUCACACAUCCAUGGGUGGUUUGGGAGACAGUUUCUAUGAGUACUUGCUGAAAGCCUGGUUGAUGUCAGAUAAGAUGGACAUGGAGGCAAGGAAAAUGUAUGAUGAUGCUAUUGAGGCCAUAGAGAAGCAUCUUAUCAGAAAGUCCAAUGGAGGCCUCACGUUUAUUGGGGAGUGGAAGAAUGGACAUCUUGAGAGAAAGAUGGGCCAUCUUACCUGCUUCGCUGGGGGAAUGUUUGCGCUUGGAGCAGAUGGGUCCCGAGAAGAUAAGGCCGGACACUACCUUCAACUUGGAGCAGAGAUUGCACAUACGUGUCAUGAAUCAUAUGACAGGACAACAUUAAAACUGGGCCCUGAAGCUUUCAAGUUUGAUGGUGGUGUGGAGGCAGUAGCAGUGCGACAGAAUGAAAAAUACUACAUUUUAAGGCCCGAGGUGAUAGAAACCUAUUGGUAUAUGUGGCGAUUCACACAUGAUCCCAAAUACAGGCAAUGGGGCUGGGAGGCAGCACAGGCCAUUGACAAGUACUGCCGAGUGAGUGGUGGAUUUUCUGGUGUGAAGGAUGUCUAUUCCUCAGCUCCUACAUAUGAUGAUGUACAGCAAAGCUUCUUUCUUGCUGAAACACUCAAGUAUUUGUAUUUGCUGUUCUCCAAUGAUGAUCUCCUACCUUUAGAUCACUGGGUUUUUAACACAGAAGCUCAUCCCCUGCCUGUUUUACAUCUAGCCAACACAACACUUUCAGGAAACCAUGCAUAUCGAUAGAAACUGUUCCAGGACAAGGACAAAAUACUUUAUUUUAACUGUGUUUUGUUUACAUGGACCACUUCAGACUUAAGGCUUGAGAGAAGACUGAUGUGAGUUUAAUUAAUCGAGAACAUUGAAUCAAGAGAGAGGAUCAAAACUGCACUCUUACGCAUGUAGAUAAAUUUUAAAAUUCCAUUUUAUACCUGACCAAAACGAAUCUAGUGCAGCGUGUGUCAGAAAGAGACCUUGUAUAUUUGCAACUGAGAAGGUGGAGCAUGGUGAUGAAGGAUUCAAAGGCUAAGGGAACAUCCUUCCUGCCCAAUGAGAGGAAUGAGCUACAACUGGUACUCUUGAUCUUUGUGGUGAUCUGUCUUCUGCCCAGAUGAUGUGGCUUCCUGAUAUUUUGUCAUUUGCUUUUUCUUUCGGUGACGGCAUGAGCAAAACAAUGACAGGCAACAAAAGUGCACUAAUAGCACCCAGAUUUGAAGCUGCUCUACUUGGUUUGAAUUUUCUACUCUUCAUCAGUCUAUCCAGACUGGCAGCCAUUCCCAGUGCCUCUUGAGACCCUUGCCUCCUUAUUAAUAAUAAUAAUAAUAAUAAUAAUAAUAAUAAUAAUAAUAAAAUAAUAAUAAUAAUAAUAAUAAAAAGAAUAAUGACCAACCAUGUGUUCUUGUUCAUCAGUAAAUGGGAUAUGGAAAGGAUUGGCAUUUUCUCUCAAUCGUUCAUUUUAUGAUUUGGGAAGCCUCAUUCCUUGCAGAGUUGUUCCUUACACCAUCGUGACAAAAUCACUAGUGCGGUCUACCACUUGGUCAAGAUUCCCUUCAACUGAGUUGCAAUAACUUUGUCUAUGAAGCUUGGAGUUUCAUUCAGAUCUCACUCUUUUUAUUUGUACGGUAUUCAAAAGUUGAAGAACUGUUCUUUAAGAGAUGUUUUUUUACCAAUCUAAAGUCCUCUGAGUAAGACUUGCCUGGGUAUAAUAGUGGUUGCUUUCUGGAUUUUUUUGGUAAAAGUUGGAGUCUGAGAAGGAGUUGUCAUUCGUCACGUACACAAUAGCAGUCCUACCAUUUGAUCUCCAGGUAAUUGGAAACAUAACACCUAUUGGUGUCUGUCAUAUUAGAGAACAGAUCAAAAGGAAUUUGAAAGGGAUUUUUUUUUUACUUUGCAGUGCAUUCUUGUCAUUAUAAAUGCUAUUGACAACAAUUUGGGUUAGAAACUGCUUCUUUGAUUUAUACAAAUGGGCUUGUCAGCUUCAAUUAAAGGGAAGCUUUGGGCAUGUUUUUCUGAGCAGGAUAUUUAAACGUUUCAUGUGAAUAUUGUUCAUGUAUAUUGGAAUCUGAUAUCCUGGUGAAUACAGAUAACAAACCUUUAUUUUUUGCUGUAUGCAUACCUUUUAAGGAGAGUGCUGAAAUUCAAAAGUCUGGUCAAAAAGAACCUGUGUUGACCAAGUUAUCCUAUUGGAAUCUUACCAUGCCCCAAGGACAUAACAGAUCUGCAACUCAGUAAACCAUUUAAUUAGGUAACUGUUAACAAACACAUGAUCCAAUUAUAGUGAAAUCUAAGUUAAAUGUAUUUCGCAUAUUGCAAUCCCUUUGCUGGAGAUCAUUGUACCCAGUUUGCACUGGCACAUUAUCUACAGCUGAGGAUCUGGGAAUCUAUCUGGCCAGGAUCAUGCUGCAUUCUAAUGAGAAAUCCAGUGUCUUAUGAAUGCUUCUAGUCCACAUAGUUGCAGAGAUAAACCUAAGAAAAUACUGGGAGUAUUUAUGGUAUAUUUAAAACAUAGUCUAGGUGGAAUUUUAGGCCUCAGGAAGUUGAGAUUUCCUCAGCAGUUACCAGACACACACCCAGCCUCUAGGCCAUGUUUUACUGUCCCUCCAGAUCUGUUUUUCACAUUUCUAUACCCUACCAUUUCCCUUCGGCUGUUUUCCUUUCCCAGUCUCUCAAUAAGCUUGAAAUCCUAAAUUCUGCAUGAAAAAAGCAAAGUAUUUGAAUAAGACCCUGUACAAUUUUGGAUACUUUAGUCCCAAGUUCUUUCAAUUCUACAGUCCACUUGUAGAAUUUGGUAUAUUUAACAUAGAAAUCUAGAACUGUUGUGUCUAGUACAGGGUUUAAAGUCAGAAAUCUCUCUCCAGAAGCUGCCAUUACUGCUUAUGUCCAAAGUGUUUUGCUUAAAAACAAUAUACAAGGGGUGGCUAAAAUUGUUCUCAACUUAUAUAGAAUUGAAUUGGGUUUGGAAUUAAGCUGAAUUUUUUUCAGCUACCUCAUGCAUAUGGAAACUGCAUAGGACAUAUAAUCUUGGAUCUAUGUGCUUAGACAUAUCGCAGUACUGCUAAAUUUGUCUGUCCCUUAAAUCUAUUAAUACGAGGACUAAUAUUUUUUCCUUUUCCAUUUUAGAGAAGAACUACGCACGACAAUGUUAUGUCUAAGAAUACUUGCAGGGAUUAUCUGAUCUUGCUUGCAGAGUAGCAAUGAUGGUGCUGGUGCUCUAUGGUCCUUCUGUUCUGACCACCCUUAUAUUCAGACCACUGUGUAUGCAGUUUGCCACACUUUCCUGUUUGCUCCUUUCCCUCUUUCCCUUACUGGUUAGCAGUGUGCAUGAGUGCAUAUGUACAUUGAUUAAUAUAGGUGGGCAGUAGCUCUAAGCAAUAAGUAACAGCUAACUGGUGCUCCCCAACCAUUUUCUUAAUCAGGCUGCUGAAACAAAGAAAGCUUAAAGGGAACUAGGAGUGGAUUUUUGUGUGAAAGGACUAUGAUCUCAAAUCUGGUAAUGAAAACAAAUUCCUGCGCUAAAGCCAAGUGCUCAGAGGCUCAUUUUUCCUUAAUUGCAAGUGUAUGUCCAUCCCAGCCCCACAGGACUGUUUUGCACUGGGUUCUGAAUGGAUUCUUAAAAAAAUAAUAAAGAUUCCAGAAGGCUGAUUUGUCUGCCCCUAAAUAAAACCAUCUGCAAAAAGGAAUAUUCAUGUCCAAUAAUGAAAUCACAGUACAAAAAGGAAUCCUGAAGUGACCAUGGAUCACAUCUACAUUCUUUUUUGCAUGGUGAAUUAAUGUACUCAGACGCAUAGAUAACUUGUAUAUGGGGUGGGGGAAAGAGCAGAAAAAAUAUGCAAACAGCUGUGGCGAAAUAUGCAUACGUAAAUGCAAAAAUUAAUAUUAAACAUGCUUCAGAUUAAACUAGCUGUCAGAGCAGAUAAGGCAGAGCCAACCUAUGGAAAACACACACACACACACAUGUACUGCACUGGACGCCUUCUCAGGCCAGUGUCAAUGGGCAGGUGCUGAGGCUAACUUCCCUUCAGGGCCUCACUGCCAUCCCCAGAACUCCCUGAUCCUGCUUGUUGCUGACAUCUGUUCACCUGCCCUCUCCAAGUUGAGGAGAAUGAACAGCAGGUCAGCAGCCUCCACUCACCCACUGGGCAGCACUGUGGAUUGGUCCUAUAGCCAAGUGAAUGAGUAGCAGCAAUAAUGAGGAAGCGGUGGGACUACUUAAGGGGUAGAUCACCUUGAGAGCCUUUCGCAUGAGAGCUCCCCCCUCCCCACUUUAAAAAGCCUGGAGCUGACAAUGCCUUUGUUUAUCUUUAGUCAUGAUAUGGUUCCCCACCACCACCACCACCACCAGUCAGUGACAUGGAAUGGGGACAGGCCAUGAUAUUGUAACUUAGUUAGAAGGACAUGAAGAACAGACAAACGGGUGCCAUUUUCAGCAGCAUCCCAGUGCCUGUCACAAGUCCUGCUUAUUUGACCCAUGGUUAACCCAUGGUUUGUUGCCCUAUUUAGUGUUUACUUGUCAGAAAAAGAAACCAUGUUUUGUUUUCUUGAUCUCUGGGUUGUUCGUCAAUGUCCUUCUUUACCCGUUCCCUCACUGUAUCCUAAAUGCCUUUGCAGUAGUACUGGCGGGGCUGGGUUCAUUUAUCACUCUUGCUUGCCACCUCUGUAGCCGGGACACACACACCCAUAAAUAACCCAGAGUUCUUAAUUGAGCAUAAUUACAACUCAUGGCUUAAACAACCCAGAGUUCACAACAUAACAAUAGGUUCUCUUUCUGGGUUGUUUGUGGUUGACCAUGGUUUGUUAACGUGCCUGUGUUCACACAUGACAACCCAGAAUUCAACCUAUGGGUUAAAUAAACCAUGGGUUAACAUUACGUGUGAACUGGGUGAAUGUAAUUAUUCUCUAAAAUGCUUAUACUCUGUGAAAAAAUGUUUUGCUCCAAAGGGAAAGGGUCUGAAGAACAUCUGUAGUGAUCUCUCCUAUGGUACAUGUGAAUCCAUUGCUAUAGUUAACAUUACAAAAAUAAAAGUUGUAGUUCAAAAUAAUUACUGCUACAAAUAAUAGUUGCUCAAGUUAAUUCUGGCUUGCAUUGGUAUUGACUGGAAACCAGAAGAUGAAUGAAAUUGCUACAAUUGCUUUCCUAGCAUCAUUAAAACUAAUUAUCUAAUUAGUAUUUAAUGACUUUAGGCAAGUACUUUUGUUCCAUUUUAAAGGAGUGGUUUAAAAUUAGAUUUUCCACUCUUGUUAUAAUUGCUAGUAAUCUGAGCUUUGCCCUUGGUUACUUGCUCUUGCAAGCAUCUUUUGCAUCAAGAGAACUGAGGGGAAAACACUAUAAUCAAUCCAAGUUUGUUCUUAUUCUUUUUCUGAACAUACAAAACAUAAAAUCCUUGCCCUAAGAGUUCAGUGACAGAAUUAUAACAAGCCAGAAUAGCCCAAACUCCUCAUGCCCAUCAGUACUUGCUUUCCCAUUGCUGUGGCUUGAGUUACAAAACUGCUUACACUCAUUUUCUCUAAAUUUAUACAAAGAGUUACUUCUAUAACACGGAAAGGGUUGGUUUUAGUUCCUGAGCUACUUCAAAGUAAAGCAAUAGAGAUUUUCAUUAAUCAGAUGCAAUGUCAUUUCUCUCUUGUUCAGUCAUUUAACAAAUUGCAAAUAGUUGCUUGAUCAUCUAGUUUAUUGUAGCACUUAUUAGUUUUAGAGCUCCGGCUAUUGGGCGGUAUAGAAAUGUAAUUAAUAAAAUAAAUAAAUAAAUAAAUAAAUACUGGCAUUCCUGCUCUCCCUCUCAAAUUAUAUAUGCUACAGAGACAAGGACGCCAUUAAAUAGACUGUGCUUCCUUGUGAUCACAGCUGUGAAGUGUUGCUCCAACUAUAGCUUUCAGUUGACUCAUUUUCUUGUUCCUUUUCCAAAAUAAAGAUAAAUGAGGGAUGAAUUCAUGCACUGUUACUUUCACAUGAUGAAUAUAGUUAUCAUUUGAUAAUGUAAACAUGCAAAAGUACCUGUAUCAAGUCACUACAGAUCGAUUAGGGCCAUAUAUAUGAUGAGAGGCACAUAACAAUUGUUUGAACAGUGUAUUGAGCUAGCUAUUGUAAUCUAGAUGCAAGAAGGGUAGAUCAUUGUACUGAAUUCUUGUUUUACAGAAGAAAAAAGGUACAAGAAAAUCAUUCAGUACUGGUGACAUUCUACAUACAUAGCUGUAGGCUUUUUAAAUCACUUUUCACAUUUGGUUAUUUACAGAUCCUACAUUCUAACCAAACACACAGGUAAUAGUUUAUCCCAUAUCUUUACAAAAUGUCCACUCCACAUCCUCAAAGAAACUCCUAACAAUCUACUACUUACAUAUUACUACGGAAUACCUUAGAGAGUAUGGUUUAUUACGGCUAGAUCACACAUGCAUGUACAUCACUAUAUAUAUUUUUUCGCAUGAGACUACUGUGCAUUUGUUGACGGGCAACUGAAUAUAUGACCUGAUUUAAUUGGAAAGUAUUGUUUGAGUUGAUGUGAGGUGAGAUGCAAAUGCUCUGUGUGGUGUAAUAUCUCUGAUGCCACACUUAUGUGUGCAAAUAAUCACCUGAUGUUGCAGUUAUGCUGCAAGUGCAAAUGUGAGCCAGGACUUACAGUUCAAUGCGAUGCAUGUUUACUUGCAAUGAGUCCCAUUGUGUUUUGGAUUGCGCCUUAGUAUCUCUGCUGUGAAAACAGAUGUGCAGUCUUUUUCCUAUGCUAGACCAAGAACACACAGUGAUUUAAACACCACAUAGUCUCUAAUCCUUUUGGGCUACACAGACACAUGCACACCCGGUAGAUGUUGCCUAAACGAAGAAAUAGGGACCCAGGAGUGAUUCAUUUUUAAUUACUCUUAAUCAUGUAGUUGUAAGAGUUGGUAAGAUAGAUGUUUGUUUCAGCAGGAAUGUGCUAUUCCUACUUGUUUAAAUAUAUUUAGCCGGUUGGAAUAAUUUAUGCACCCCCUCCCCCCACAAACUUUCUUAUGUUUAAAUGCCAUAAAUAUAUUGGGCAUAAUCCAUCUAAGGACCCAAUCAGCAGGGGCUGGAUUAGUGCUGUGUUGGGCACUCCAUAUAAAUAAUACUUUUUGCGUUGCUUGUGUAACUCACAGGUACUUUUCAUCCCAAUAAAAAUGGGGAAAUAACAGAACAAUUAAAAGGCUAGUCUUUCAUGUAUCAUGUUGGUGAAUAUUUUUAGCCCAUGACUUUUGGAUCGCUGUUACAGAUUGAAUGAUAUUGGGCCUGGUCCAUUCUUACAAAUGAGGUUGUGCGGUUUUGACAAGCACUGGCCUAAUGAUAGCUCAACUUGAUUUAUGGUGCAAGCCUAUACAUGUCUACUCAGAAGUAAGUCCCGUUGAGUUCAAGAGGGCUUACUCCUAGGUAAUUAGGAAUCUGUGGAUCUACUUUUAAACACUGUUAUUAAUAGUGGAUAUUGGCCAGUCAUCCUGCCUCUAUUUCACUUUCCUAAACUUUAUAUUUUUUUCUCUCCGAAAUAUUAAAAAGGCAAGAGUCAGACUUGUAAACUGGGGAACCUUUGGCUGUCUCUGACCUGACAUUCUGCAUACGUAAUUUUUAAAAGUUUAAAAGUAUUGUAUAUAAAAAUAAAGAAUGUCUUUAAAAGAAAGUA